CACCCCCCACCCCGCCCUCGCAGUCCCUCUCUCUUCUCCACUAUGGACAGAGCUUCCACUCAGAGGCUGCUUGCCUGUCGCAGACCCAGCUGACAUGGGGAGCAUCGGAGAAACACAGCUGCGCUGGGCCAUCCUGAGCUUCCUCCUACUCCAAGGAGCCUUCAGCAGUCAAAGUUCAACCACACAGCCAACUUCCCCUGAAACAAGUUCUUCCACAGAGGCCAACAGCUUAAGCCCUCUGUCCGACACCUGGACCACAGCAUCAGAGAUGCCCUCACAGAUCUCCACAGAAGCCGUGACUCUGAGUUCAAGCACCGUAGCUGGUCACUUGCCGUCCUCUCCGGGACUGACUUGGUCCCAGUCACAGAAACACACGUCAGGACUCAGCACUGAUGUUCCGAGCAGUGGCAGGAGCAGCAACAGCAUGAGCGUAGACACCUCUAGCAAUGUUACUUCCACAUCACCCAACAUGAGUUUUAGGAUGACAGCAGACUCCACUGUCCCACCCAGCCCUACGUCAGAGACGGUGCUCACUGUGGCUGCAUUUGGUGUCAUCAGCUUCAUUGCCAUCCUAGUGGUUGUGGUGAUCGUCCUGGUCAGUGUGGUCAGUCUAAGGUUUAAGUGUCAGAAGAACAAGGAGUCUGAAGAUCCUCAGAAACCUGGGAGUUCAGGGCUCUCCGAAAGCGGUUCCACAGCCAAUGGAGAGAAAGAGAGCAUCACUCUUAUCUCGAUGAAGAACAUCAACAUGAAUAACAGCAAAGGAUGCCCCUCAGCAGAGAAGGUUCUUUAAAAGCAACCUUGGGUCCCAAUGGAUCUGAUGAUGAUGCAACUGCCCUGUGACUGUAAGGAAGAAGGUGAUGGCAUCAGUAGAGGCAAUGAACCAGAUAUAAAUUAUUGUUUCCCAUUUACUCCCAGAUUGAAAGGACACUAGCAUCCCUCCAGAUCUGAGAGGGAGCUGCCAGUAUGAAAGACUCUUUCCCAUGUGGACAGUCAGCCUAGAAACACAGCCUGCUCCUCCCUGCCAUUUCAAAGUCAGAGGAAGGAGGAGUCUACAGAGCCAGAGCAAGGAAAAUGACGAAGUGAACUGAUCCUUUUUCCUUGGCAUUAAAGUUAUUUUCUGACCUG